AUGUUCGAUACGGCAUCCACAAGGUCAAACUCCAUUAGCAAUCCGGUGAACAAUUUAGUUCAUGACAUCCUCUCCCACGACAGUAAUGUCAUGCUCGCCGCGGUCAUCUCAUUGCUUCUGGUGAUUCUCUUUGUCUUACUGCUGCAUGUUUAUGCUAAAUGGUUUCUAGUAAAAGCCCGUCAAAGGAGUAGAAGGUCUGUUUCGGUUCCACAAGUUUUAGGAGCCCGUUUUCAUCACUUUCCUUCGAUCCUGGUUGACACCACAGUUAAUUCUGCUGCCUCCCCGACGAUGGGUCUCGAAUCUUCGGCCAUUUCUUCCAUACCGCUUUUUGUGUUCAGAGCUGAUGACGAUGACGACGACGAGCAUAAUAAGCAUGGACGACUGAGUGAAUGCGCUAUCUGUUUGAGCUCGUUCGAAGAUGAGGAAAUGGGAAGGAAGCUGCCCCGGUGCAGCCAUGCGUUUCACGUCGAAUGCAUUGAUAUGUGGUUGCAUUCUCAUUCAACUUGCCCAAUUUGUCGUUGCCCAGUACUGACGUUCGAGGAUCGUAAAUCUCCUGAUCAGUCCAAAUUGUUAGGGGAGCGGGAGGCUGUUGAUCGAGAAAUAGCUGAAACAAUAAUAUUGUUGGAUGAAGUGGCCGCCGAAAUGAGCGAAGACCAGACCUCAUCAAGGCUGGACAUUAUAGUCCAGGAGGUUCCUAAUACAGAGAAUGGAAAUAAUUGCAGGAAAGACAUAAAUUCCGUGUGCUCGACAUCGUCGUCCCCCCAAUCAAACGCACAUUUGGUCGUCGUCGGCGACUCCUUAAAGAGAAUUAUGAGCAGCAGGAGUAGAUCUGAACGUAAGGUCCAUCCCUCUGGGGGCGCUGCUGAAUUGGACUUGUGA